UCGAAGUUAGUUGAGUUCGGUUCGCGUCCAAAAGCACAUCAUGAGUGCUCGUCUUGCCAGCGGCCACUUCUUAUACAAAUGGUUCGCCUUAUGCUUAAUCCUGGUUAUCGUAUUCACAAAGUACAUAUCGGAUCGAAAUGGCGCUGGCGAUCGUCUCAGCAACGUAUCAAACACACAACGUGCCAAUACCAAUGCCAAUCCCACACCACCUACAGGAGGUGUUGUGCCUCAGACUGUGGUGCCAAAGUAUUAUGUGCAUACAUCGCAGUGCAUGAUACCCUACAUAGAUCCAUUUUCGCCGGAGGUUAUGGAAAUCUAUGAGCCACGCACAUUCAUACCAUGCUCGAAUGACAGUGAUCUAGUCUCGGCCAUAUUCGAUGAGAAACUUGAGAGAUAUGUGCUGCAUAUCGAUCAGGGGGUAGCUCGUCAGCUGCUCAAUUCAAGUGACAUGGAGUUCAAUUGUUUCUAUCGCGCGAUUCAGGUUGGGCAACAUGUGGAAACCUAUGACAUCCUCAGUCCGAGUAAAUAUUUCAGUCAGGGCUAUGUGGUGCCGCCAAAUGUGGACGGUAUGCUGGUGGACUGCGAGACCGCCGAGGCAACGCCCGUCAAAUUGCAAAGAGACGCCUUCGUACUGAUACAGCCUAAUAAGCCCAAGCCCAAAGCGAAUGGGAAGAGUCCGCGCAAGCCGAGUGUCAUCAUGUACGGCAUCGAUACAAUCUCCCGGAUAAAUCUACGGCGCACUAUGCCCAUGGUGCACAGAUUCUUGCAGGGACCCGGAUGGUACGAAAUGCGGGGCUACAACAAGGUGGCCGACAAUUCGUUUCCCAAUCUUCUGGCCAUUCUGAGUGGCUAUACGCCGGAGACGGCCAAGGAGCACGUCUGCGAUACGGACAACGACGGCUGCCUCGACGAGCUGCCCAUGAUCUGGAAGUACUUUAGAAAUGCCAGCUAUUUGACGGCCUAUGCGGAGGAUGAGAGCUCAUCGAAUACGUUCACUUAUCUUAAGCCGGGCUUCAACAAGAAGCCCACCGAUUACUAUUUCCGUCCAUUUCUGCGCGCUCUGGAAAUGAAGUUGGAAAAUUAUAAGUGUCCCGGCUGCUACAUGACCUACUGCUAUGGUCGUCGCUUGGCCAACUCCUAUGUGUACGACUACUGCAAGCAGUUCAUGCAGCGGCAUGUGGCAAAGCGGCCUAUUUGGGGCAUGUUCUGGUCGAAUCACUUCAGUCACGAUGACUACUUCAUGCCCUCGGCCAUGGAGCAGAAGGUGCUAGGCGACCUGCUGGGCUACCGCAGCGACGGCGCGUUCGAGCACACAAUAAUGAUAUUCUUUGCAGAUCAUGGGGCACGCUUUGGCAAGUUGCUUAGUCUGGCCGAGGGUUACUUGGAGGAGCGUUUGCCCAUGAUGUUUAUCUAUUUGCCGCCGUGGUUUCGCGAACAGUAUCCGCAGUACACUGAAGCGCUGGCGCUGAACCAGCAUCGUCUCAGCUCCAACUUCGACUUGCACAAUACGCUAAAGCACAUCAUUGAGCUCGGCGGCACACCGGAUGGACCGGCUCUGCCCAGGUCCUACGAUUGCCCCACCUGCCAUUCACUGUUCUAUCCGAUUGCCGAGAAUCGAACCUGUGCCGCGGCCGGCAUAGCAGAGCAUUGGUGCACGUGCCAGCCAUAUCGAAGGCUCAAUGAUGCCCUUUGGACCGAUCGCAUUGCGAUGCGCGUGAUCGAACGGAUGAACGUCUAUUUUGUAGAGAAGAAUCUCAGCUCUCUAUGCAGCAACUUGUCAUUGCACUACGUGCACUAUACGCAAAUUAAGACAGGCCUAGACAUCAGCUGGAAGGACGAUUUGCCAGAGGUGGAGCAGGCGGUCUACCGCACCAAGUUCAAGGUGCAGCAGAAUAGCGCCGAUUUCGAGGCCACAGUUGUGUUCAAUAAUAUUACAGAAGCGGUCGAUGUGAACGUCGAGAGCAUAAGUCGUACGAAUUCCUAUAAAGAAGACUCGACUUGCAUUAACAAUAAAAUAGCCAAAUUGUAUUGUAUAUGUUUUAGUGACUUAAAGCACUAGCCCAGAUUCCAUAAG